UAGUUGUUCGCAUUCACGCAUGCGCAUGGCAAACGUUCCCGGGCGUUGUAAUAAGUUCCGUUGCCUUAGCUUUUUGCUGUUAUUAUGCUGUAAUUUCAACGGUGGUUUUCAACGGAUAAUUGCCAUUAUUGUUUAUAAAGAUAAAAAAAGGUGAUAGCCUAUAUUUAUAAGCAGUUUGAAGGUGCACAAAGAGGGUUGGAACCCCUUCGGGGACUGAAGUGGCCACCAUGAAGCUGACGGACAAUGUGCUACGGAGCUUCAGGGUAGCGAAGGUUUUCCGGGAGAACUCAGACAAAAUAAACUGCUUCGAUUUCAGUUCAAAUGGAGAAUCAAUCAUAUCAAGCAGCGACGACGAUUCUCUAGUCUUGUACGACUGCCAAGAGGGAAAACCCAAGAGGACCCUCUACAGUAAAAAGUAUGGAGUGGAUUUGAUCAGGUACACACAUGCGGCCAACACAGUGGUCUACAGUUCCAACAAAAUCGAUGAUACAAUCAGAUACCUGUCCCUUCAUGACAAUAAAUACAUCCGCUACUUCCCUGGCCACAGUAAAAGAGUGACCUCCCUUUCCAUGUCUCCUGUGGAUGACACGUUUAUUUCUGGUUCCUUGGAUAAAACUAUAAGACUGUGGGAUCUACGCUCGCCUAACUGCCAGGGUCUCAUGCACCUCCAGGGGAAACCGGUGUGCUCGUUUGAUCCAGAGGGUCUCAUUUUCUCAGCCGGCAUUAAUUCAGAAAUGGUUAAACUUUAUGAUCUGCGCUCAUUUGACAAGGGUCCAUUUGCCACCUUCAAGCUUCAGUACGACAGAACGUGUGAGUGGACGGGACUCAAGUUCAGCAAUGACGGAAAGCUCAUCCUGCUCUCUACAAACGGCGGUGCGCUUCGGAUCUUGGACGCCUUUAAAGGGGCUGUGCUACAUUCCUUUGGGGGAUACAACAACAACAAAGGUGUUACGCUGGAGGCAUCAUUCACACCUGACUCUCAGUUUGUUGUUAUUGGCUCCGAGGACGGAAAGAUCCACGUGUGGAACGCCGAGAGCGGCAUGAAGGUCGCCGUGUUAGACGGCAAGCACACAGGGCCUAUCACCUGCCUGCAGUUCAACCCCAAAUUCAUGACGUUUGCAAGUGCCUGCUCCAACAUGGCAUUCUGGCUUCCUACCAUAGAUGACUGAAGUUGACCAAAAGGGGGCAGCACUGCAGAACGUCAAAUUCAUGUUUGUCAGAUCAAACUUACAAAAAUGUAAAUAUUGUGUGCAGGAGUUGAGUUAUGUGUUGGUUUGAUUAUUUUUUUAUAUGUAUUUUUAUUCAACAUUAAAAACAUUCCUUGGAAACUAUAAAUGGCUUUUG